AUGGCGCUGUCCCAGCUCGAGCUGGAGCGGCAGGCUCGCAUUGCAGCCAAUCAAGCGAGGCUGCAGUCGAUUGGAUUGCUGGAUACGGUGCAGGGCAUCGCUUCCGCCCAGGUGGCAGCAGCCCGCACCCACCGCAAGGCUCCUGCCGCCCGGGCCAGCGGCGCGGCCCGCAGGGCGGCUGGCACCCUUCCACCGGGCCGCGUGCGCAGGUCGGAGCGGGUGGCAGGCAUUGACGCCCCCAACUACAACGAGAAUACACGGCUGCUGUCCCUGGCUGACGGCGAGGCGGGCAGUCGGGAUCGGCGCCUGAUGCGCGAGAAUGUGGCAGAGGAGGUGUACGACGUGGAACACCUUGAUGCGCUGGGCUCCCACAAGCAGGAGUGGGAGCUGUUUGUGGACGGCUAUGACGCAUCUAGCAACCGCAUCUACGACAAGGUCAACGGCCUGACCUGCCACCAGUGCCGGCAAAAGACGCUGGGCAAGCGCACCUCCUGUUCCGGAUGCCACUCGCUGCAGGGUGUGCUGUGUGGCGAUUGCCUCUUCAUGCGGUAUGGCGAGAAUGUGGAUGAGGCCAAUGCCAACCCAGACUGGCUGUGCCCGCUGUGCCGCGACAUCUGCAACUGCUCCUUCCACCGCUCCAAGCGCGGCUGGGCACCCACUGGCACGCUGUACCGCCAUGCCAUUGCAGAGGGUAGGCAAACAGAAUACGGGUGCUGCGUUCCCAAUGUGGGCAGGGCAGCACACGUGUCCGCCCACAUGAUGCACUAG